GUUUUUUCUAAAAGAAUAGAAUUGAUAAGACAAGAGAAUUGUGAGAAAAAGAUUAGAUAAUAUUUGGGGCAGACUAUAUAUAUAUAUGGUGUGCGGGGUGUAGCAAAUUAUUAAUUACUCCGUAAUUAAUUGAAUGCCCUAGAGAAAUUUAGGCGGAAAUGUUUCCACUUCGGUGCGGCGGCAACCCCAGGCAGCUGCUCUCUUUGGCUCUCAGUCGAACACUGACUCUGCCUCUGCAACGAUUGUCCUCUACGCUGACACGCGUUACGGGGGAAGAGAAAUAUAGGGAUACGACUCAUAGAAAGGACACAUUUGUUCACCCAUCUGCGAUUGUCCACCCCAGUGCCAUCCUUGGAGAGGUAACAAUGCCGUAGAGAGAAAGGUGUUGUGGAUUAAAAGCCGCAUCAAUGGAAAGCCUGGCCUUAGGUUGUUUGAUUAGGGUGUGAUGGUUGGACCCCUCUGUACAAUUGGUGCUUUAGUGAAGUUGGGGAAUGUUUGCCAGCUAUACUGUGGCAGCCACAUAUUUGGAAAUACUAUUAUCGGGGAUAAUUGUACUUUGAUGACAGGUGCUGUUGUUGGGGACGAUCUUCCUGGUCACACCAUCAUUGGAAACAAUAAUGUAGUAGGACACCAUGCUGUUGUUGGGGUUAAGUGCCAGGAUUUGAAAUAUGAGCUGGGGAGUGAAUGUUUCCUUGUGGUUGGUGACAAUAAUGAGAUCAGGGAGCAUACAUCCAUCCAUCGAUCUUCAAGGCCUAGUGAUAGAACGGUCAUUGGUGACAACAAUCUUAUUAUGGGCUCUUGUCAUAUAGCUCAUGACUGCAAAGUGGGUAAAAACAACAUUUUGGCAAAUAAUACACUUCUGGCUGGGCAUGUUGUAGUGGAGGACCAUACCCACACUGCUGGUGCUACAGUGAUUCAUCAGUUUUGUCAUAUUGGUUCUUUUUCCUUCAUUGGUGGUGGUUCAGUGGUUUCACAAGAUGUUCCAAAGUACACGAUGGUCUCAGGUGAAAGGGCUGAGCUACGUGGGUUAAAUCUUGAAGGUCUACGUCGUCAUGGAUUCUCAGCUUCUGAGAUAAGGAGUCUCAGAUCUGCUUAUAGAAAGAUAUUCAUGACAAGUGAUACAAGUGUUGUAGGUUUUGAAGAUCGGCUAGCUAAAGUGGAUGAGGAGUUGAUCCAUGUACCUGCUGUUUCAUCUAUGGUGCAAUCUAUACGUGAUUCUUUGGUGGAGACUCGUCGUGGCAUUUGCAGGUUCAGAACUUUGAACGAAACUUAGCAGCGAUGAAAUGUAUUGGGUUGCUCAUAUUUUCCUGUGUUUUAAUAUUGGGCUUAGUGGGAGCAACAGAUGAACUGGUUUCAAACCAUACCAUCUUUAGUGCUGCCUGCUUGUAUAAAAGGGAAAAGACGCAUCCCUCCUGGUGCUUCUCGGCAAAACUGAGUAAACAUAAUGGGAAAAAGAGUUGUCUAAAUAUGUACUCUUCUUCUGCAUUUGUUAUUGAUUCUCUGUACUGGAACCAUCAAACCAUAUACCUCUAGCUGAAAGCUAAUGGACUUUUUUUAAAGGCCACAAAAUAAUGGAAAAAGCAAAUUUUGUGAGCUUACAAUAAAUGUUAAGGAAAUUUUAUGGCUAGUAUUGUUAAGUCGUGAGCGCUUGGCUCAAUAUUGUUAACAUGUAACCCCUGUAAAGGCUUA